UAUUCAAAAGUUGAUAUAUCAUCAUGCCUAAUAUUGUCUUGCUCUAAACAAAUUUCCUUAGAAACAAACUGAUGUUAAUGUUUAAUUUUUUGUUUAUUCCUUUGGGAUCAUAAUGAGAAUGAUGAGGAUAGCUAACAUUUUGGGGGCACCUCUUAUGACUCAUCGAAUUUCCAAUGCUGUCUGUGCACAGAUGCGUUUAUCUUUCAUACUAAUGCUAUUACUAUUCUCAUUUUUAAAAUGAAGAAACACUCAUGGACAAUUGAAGAAAUGACAGCGAGGUAUAGUCAGCGAGGGGCAGAGCCAGGAUCAAACCUCAGAUGCUGGGUUUAAAACCUCACUCCAGCACUGGGAGACUGGAUAACCUUGGGCAAGUUACUUAACUUCUCUGUGCCUCUCUUAAGGUUUUUCAGUGAUUAUGCAUCUCUUUGGUUAACUCAGUCAUCCUCCAGGGCCCAGAUCAAGCCACACUGAUGUAGAACCUGAUCUAAUCACAUGUGGACCUCAAGACCCAUAAUUUGUGCUUCCCAAGUACCCUGUCCACUACCCUGGUACUUAGCAUUGUGUAGCAUAAUUGCUGGUUUCCCAAUCACUAGACUAUGAACAGCUUGACACUGAGUAAUUGCAUCUCUUUGAGCCUGGUUUCCUUAAGUGUUCAUUGAAUUAAUAGACUCAUUUAUUUAAUAAAGAAUUAGUAAGUUAGCCUACCUAGUGCUAAUCGUGCAGGCAGUGAAAUUGUUAUUCUCAAUCUUUUGAUGGACACAUUCUGUGGAUUUUGUAACAGGAGUUUCUUUAGGCACUGACUUUGAAGAGUAGAAAGCACCUUCCCAAGAUGGUAUUAAAAAUCCAGAGGCCCUUUUCCUUCCACAGAUGACCUUGCAAAUAUCUUGCAAAUAUUAUGAAAGACCUAGAGGGGAAACUUGGAAAUAAAACUUCCACUGUCCAAAUUUCCCAGGUGGGACCAGCUUCACAAUUUCACAUCUCAAAGAGACCUUGGACUGACUAGUCUAGUCUUUCCAUGUGCCUCUGCUGGAAUGUUCCUGGAUGGUGGGCUUGACACGUGUCAAAAUUCCAAGAUUGACACCGACACUGACUGCCGAGUGUCUGCUGAGCGAUUACUGUAUUACAGGCAUUUUUUUUUUUUUAAUGGAGGUACUGGAGAUUGAAGCUGAGCAUGCGCUCUACCACUGUGCUGUACCCACCCCCCAGGCACUGUUCUAGGUGCUUGGAAUAUAAAGCUGAACGCCACAGAGAGACAAGAUCUAGCAGGCUGGCUCCAGUGUGAGAGCCGGCUUUGUUUUCCGCCCCUGCCCCUUGACAUCACCAAGCCUCUGCUUCCUCUUUUGUUCCGUGGGAGCAACAGCCAUCCCCGCCAUCAUUUCUUGAGAACUUCGUAAGACACCAGCUGUGGAGCGGCACACAGGUGUAGGUGAUUGGACCAGAGUCAGGCGACUGUCAGUAGGUGGCAGCUUCCUCACAGACUCAGCGCUUCCCCAGAAGGAGAAGGACAAAAUGACCAAGUUCAAGGAGGCAGUGACAUUCAAGGACGUGGCCGUGACCUUCACAGAGGAGGAGCUGGGGCUGCUGGACCCUGCCCAAAGGGAGCUGUACCGAGACGUGAUGCUGGAGAACUUCCGGAACCUGGUCUCCGUGGGGCACCAAUGCUUCACAUCAGACGUAAUAUCCCAGUUGGAGAGAGAAGAAAAGCUUUGGAUGAUACGGACAGCAGCCCAGAGCCGUUGCUCCUCAGGAGACAAGAAUCUAAGUGAUAUGGACACUCUUCAAGAAGUUGGAUUAAGGUAUCUCCCACACGAAGAGCUUUUCUGCUCGCAAAUCUGGCAACAAGUUACCAGGGAAUCAACCAGGUGUCAUGAUUCUGUGGUAAAUAGUCAAGGAUCUGGCUCUCAGUUGGAAAAACAAAGUGAUGCUCUCUAUAAAGAUGUGGAGUUCGGUGAAGACUUUAAUCAGAGUCCACAUCUUCAGGUUCACCGCAGAGACCACACUGGGAAAAAACCCGACAAAGGGAUAGAGUGUGAGAAAGGUUUCGUUCGGGGCUUUCAGCUUCAAAUUAACCCAAGAGCUCAGGUAGGAGAGAAGCCCUAUACAUGUGAAAAAUGUGAAAACACCUUCCGUCGGCUUACAACUCUUCAAGCCCAUCAGAGAGUCCACAGUAGAACGAAGUCUUCCAAAUAUGAUACAUCACAUAAGGGUUUCAGUCGGAGGUCAUAUCUUCAUCAUCGUCCGAGAAUCCCCACUGGAGAGAAUCCACACAGGUAUGAGGAGUGUGGGAGGAAUGUCAGGAAAAGUUCACAUCAUCAAGCUCCUCUUAUGGUCCACCCGUUGGAGAAACCCUAUAAAUGUGAGGAGUGUGGGCUGGGCUUCAGUCAGGCCUCCUAUCUUCAAGUCCAUCAGGGAGUCCAUGCGGGAAAGAAACCUUAUAAAUGCGAAGAGUGUGGGAAGGGCUUCAGUUGGCGUUCACGACUACAGGCCCAUCAGCGAAUCCACACUGGGGAGAAACCAUACAAAUGUGAUGCAUGUGGCAAGGGCUUCAGUUACAGCUCACAUCUUAACAUUCACUGUAGAAUCCACACAGGUGAGAAACCCUAUAAAUGUGAAGAGUGUGGGAAAGGCUUCAGUGUAGGUUCCCACCUCCAAGCCCAUCAGAUAAGCCACACAGGAGAGAAACCAUACAAAUGUGAGGAGUGUGGGAAGGGCUUCUGUCGGGCCUCAAAUCUUCUAGACCAUCAGAGAGGCCACAGCGGUGAGAAACCAUAUCAAUGUGAUGCAUGUGGAAAGGGCUUCAGUCGUAGCUCAGACUUUAACAUUCAUUUCAGAGUCCACACAGGAGAGAAACCCUAUAAAUGUGAGGAGUGUGGGAAGGGUUUCAGUCAGGCCUCAAAUCUGCUGGCCCAUCAAAGAGGCCACACUGGAGAAAAACCAUACAAGUGUGGUACCUGUGGGAAGGGUUUCAGCCGGAGUUCAGAUCUCAAUGUUCAUUGUAGAAUCCACACAGGUGAGAAACCCUAUAAAUGUGAGAAGUGUGGGAAAGCCUUCAGUCAGUUCUCAAGUCUUCAAGUGCAUCAGAGAGUCCACACUGGAGAGAAACCGUAUCAGUGUGCUGAGUGUGGGAAGGGCUUCAGUGUGGGCUCACAGCUUCAAGCCCAUCAGAGGUGCCACACUGGAGAGAAACCCUACCAGUGUGAGGAAUGUGGAAAGGGCUUCUGUCGGGCCUCAAAUUUUCUGGCUCAUCGUGGCGUCCACACAGGAGAGAAACCAUACCGAUGUGAUGUGUGUGGUAAGCGCUUCAGACAGAGAUCAUACCUUCAAGCCCACCAGAGGGUCCACACUGGAGAGAAACCAUAUAAGUGUGAGGAAUGUGGGAAGGUCUUCAGUUGGAGCUCAUAUCUUCAAGCUCAUCAGAGAGUCCACACUGGAGAAAAACCAUACAAAUGUGAGGAGUGUGGGAAGGGCUUCAGUUGGAGCUCAAGUCUUAUAAUUCACCAGCGAGUCCAUGCUGGUGAUGAAGGUGACAAGGACUUUCCCUCAUCAGGAAAGGCAUACAGCAAAGAAGCUCCAUAAAGUUACAUGUUUUAAUACCUCAAAUGGGUGCUGAACUAGUCCACUUAUCAGACCUGUCAUAGAAGACCAAACAUUUGUUUCAUAAAAGAGUAUUUCAGCCAGAGCUUGACAUGUCAUAGUGGUUGGGUGACCAUACAGCAGAGAAGCCUCAUGAAGGUGGAGACAAAAGGACUUUAUUCAGAAACUUGACGUCUAGCAGAUGUCACACAGAACGGAAGAGAGCCUUAGGAAGGAUGAGUCUGAUCUGGAGUGAACCCAAAGUACUAAGACAGAAAUGCCAAAAAUCUCUUCCACUAGAAUAUAAGCUCCCAGAGGGCAGGGACUUUGUUUACUGCCAAGUCGCUUCUGCCUCUUCAGUGCCUAACACGCUGCAGGUAUUAAGUAAGGUUAAAUGAGUAAAGGGGAGGACAGUCACAUUGGAAAUUUUUAUUCAGUUCCUCUCUAAAAAUUUCUAUUAAGUUCUACUUAGAAGAAGAAUUCUCCAAGCCUCGGAGGACAUGAAUUGAGACUCAUGGGCUCAUUUUCCCAACCCUGCAGGUCCUGUAAACUAGUGUUUAUCAAACUGAAGGUGGUAACCCAUUAGUGGGUCCAGAAGUCCAUUCAGCGUGUUGUGACCAGCACUUUUGUAUGCUAACAGUACUUUACUGAAGUGUAAUUUGCAUGCAGUAACCUGCAUAAAUCUCAAGUUUACAACUUCAUGAAUUUUGACAAAUGUUAUCUACUUGUGUAAUCAUCACCAAGAUCAAUAUCUACAAUAUUUCUAUUAAACCAGAAUGUUUCCUUGUG